AUGUUUUCAUUAUUUUUAGGAAAGCUAGAUAAUGAAUUUUUCUUUGAAUUCUCAACAAAAACAUUAAAAGUUCUUGAAUUCUCACCAGAAGGAACAAUUUCAACACUAAAACCUAAAUGUUUUCUGUUAUUUAAUCAAAAAAUUGAUAUAAAUGAACUAUUCAAGCAUUUAUGCAUCGUGCGUGGUGAUGGACAUAAUAUUCACAAUAAAGAAUUAGAACUACUAAAUGAAGAAACAGCAAAAACGGAAUUUAAAUCAUUCAUAAAGCAACGUGAAGGAAAUGAUCAACAAUAUGUUACAUUUACAUUUAAAGAUGAUUUAUUCAAAGCAACAGAAUAUACAAUUCAAAUACCUAAAGACUGUCCAUCAGUCGAGGGACCAUUA